GGGGGGGCUUGGGCGAUGACGCGGCACGUUCAUAUGCGUCGGUCGUCAUCCGGGAAACAUGUCGGCUUCUGAGAGAACGACAAAGGAGCCUCCUGAAGGAAAUGACUCAGAAACACCAGCAGAGUCAUUAGCUGGACCAAGUAAUGUAAAGAAAGAUAAUGCAGCCUCCACCUCAGCCACUGUUGCCAAGAAGACUGAGCCUAUGGGUGGUAUGCCAUCAAUGUUGUCAUCGCAGCAGCCGGGGAAGGGCGCUUCCAGAGCUGUAGAGGAGGGAGAGAAAUGGUCACCUGCCUCCUCCCCAAACAAACUUGCUGCAGGACACGCAGCAAAGUCCCUUCCAUCAAUGUCCUCCUCUUCGUUAUCCUCCUCUCCUUCUACGUCUUCCACGUUGUCCCCUGGCCGAGCAAAGAUGAGUGUUUCUGGGCCUGGUAGCAGUAAAUCCGUCCCGGCACCUGCUCCUUCCUCCUCCUCCUCCUCCUCUUCGUCCUCUUCCUCCUCCUCUUCCUCCUCUGUCACAGCUUCCUCAUCUCCUUCGGUCUCUCCUUCCCCACCCAAGAUCCACCGGGCCCGCAAGACUAUGAACAGGCCUCCACCAGGGCAGAUAAGCCACAUUGAGACACCUGUGACACCUUCAGCAUCUUCUGCCUGCCUUUCCUCCGACUCUGAAACUGUUGCAAAAAGGAGAAAAUUGGGUCAUUUAUCUGACGGCACACCUGCGAAGUCUGAGGACGUUCCAGACAAUGUUCAAACUGUGGAAGAAACAUUAUUCCAUAAAAAAGUGGAACCUGUUACCAAGACUGCACCAGAGAAGAGCAACGGCAGUGUGGGGAAGUUACAGGAGGAAACAAUUCAGGUUUCCAAUCCGUCCAUGCAAGAUUCAGAAAAGUUUGAAGAUAGUGGGGCCGAAACAAAGCAGCACACUGAAGACAUAGAGGGGUCAGUGAACAUGUCAGAUCAUAGUUCAGAGGUUGAAACGCAGAAAGCCGCUCAGAGUAGAAAUGAGAGCGAGGAGUCUUCAUGGCCGCAGUCAGACCAGGACAAAGAGAGAAACACAGUUGAUGUGGUGGAGACAGUGGGAGCUGGUAGGCCCACUGAGUACACAGAGGUUCCUUUGGGUGCUCUGGACAUCGCUGCUGCUGACAGUCUGACACUUUCUCCUCAUCAUGAAGGAAGCGAUGCUGGAGACACAGAGCGGCUGGAAGAGCUUCCUCUGUGUAGCUGCAGGAUGGAGGCUCCUCGAGUCGACAGCUCCAGCCACCGCGUCAGCAGACAGUGUAUGGCAACUGAGAGCAUCAAUGGAGAGCUGAGGGCUUGUACCAGUCAUACGAUAAAAGGGGAGACCAUGCGGCCAUCAAGUCGGGUGUCUCUCAUGGUGCUUUGUGACGUCCAUCGCUCACACAUGGUCAAACACCACUGCUGUCCUGGAUGUGGAUACUUCUGCAUAGCGGGCACGUUUCUUGAGUGUUGCCCAGACCAGCGCAUCGCUCACCGUUUCCACCGGGGUUGUGUGACGGUGCUGGGCGGCGGGCGCAGCAGAGCAAACGGUGGCGGUAUGCUUUUCUGUCCCCACUGCGGUGAAGAUGCCUCCGAGGCCCAGGAGGUCACCAUCCCCUCCUUCAGCUCGGCCACAACCUCCGCAACCACUGUCGUCACCAUGUCGGCCUCGUCCACCACCACCCCAUCUCUGCCGCCGUCCACCCCCUCAGCGCCCUCUCUUACAGCCUCAACGGGCGGAAUGAAGGACGGGAAAAUGCCCGAAAGACCUGUCAGCGCACGUAUGCGUAGCCAUGGUUUGAUAAAACUGGCAGUGGAGCAGCAGCCCCCGCAACCUGUAGCUUCUGCUGCAACUGUGGCCACUGUGCCCCCAGCAGAGGAGGGUGUGGACAGCGUGGGGCCCUCUCUCUGUAUGCCAAAUGGGAAACCCGUCAGCCCCAGUGCUCUUCCACCUGGGCCCAGCAGGGCGUCGCUACAGAAGGCCAUUCUCACACAGGAAACUGAGAGGAAGAAGAAACUGAGGUUCCACCCCCGCCAGCUUUAUCCUGCUGCUAAGCAAGGAGAGGUGCAGAGAGUUCUGCUCAUGCUGAUGGAGGGCAUAGAUCCAACGUACCAGCCUGACUCUCAGAACAGACGCUCUGCUCUACAUGCUGCAGCUCAGAGAGGUCUGCUGGAAGUCUGCUACAUGCUCGUACAGGCUGGUGCUCAAGUGGAUGCCCAGGACAAAGACCUGAGGACCCCUCUGUUGGAGGCGAUCAUCAACAAUCACAUUGAGGUGGCUCACUACCUGGUCCAGAAUGGCGCCUGUGUCUAUCAUGUUGAGGAGGAUGGAUAUACUGGCCUCCACCACGCAGCCAAGCUUGGAAACCUGGAAACUGUUAACAUGCUUCUGGAGACGGGGCAGGUGGAUGUAAAUGCACAGGACAGCGGUGGCUGGACGCCGAUCAUCUGGGCUGCAGAGCACAAACACGUAGACGUGAUAAAAGCACUGCUGAACAGAGGAGCUGAUGUCACCAUUAAUGAUAAAUCCAAUCUUUCCCUUCAGGAGCUGAAUGUGUGUCUCCACUGGGCGGCGUAUGCAGGCAAUGUGGAUAUAGCAGAGCUGGUGUUGAACUCCGGCUGCUCCCUCACGUCAGUUAACAUGCACGGAGACACGCCGCUCCACAUCGCUGCCAGAGAGGGCUACUUGGAGUGUGUUACGUUGUUCCUCUCCAGAGGGGCCGACAUCGACAUUAUGAACAGGGAGGGAGACACGCCUCUCACCCUCGCACGGGCCGACACGCCGGUGUGGGUGGCACUCCAGAUCAACAGGAAGCUAAGAAGAGGAAUAACCAAUCGCAUGCUUCGGACUGAAAGGAUAAUUUGCAGGGACGUUGCACAGGGCUAUGAGAACGUACCGAUUCCUUGUGUGAAUGCAGUGGAUGACGAGGGCUGUCCUUCAGACUACAAAUAUGUUUCAGAAAACUGUGAAACUUCAGCAAUGAACAUAGACCGCAAUAUUACACACUUACAGCACUGUAGCUGCACUGAUGACUGCUCAUCUAGUAACUGCCUCUGCGGACAGCUCAGUAUCCGCUGCUGGUAUGACAAGGACCAGCGACUGCUCCAGGAGUUCAACAAAAUUGAACCUCCACUUAUAUUUGAAUGCAACAUGGCGUGUUCCUGCUACCGAACAUGCAAGAACAGGGUGGUACAAGCAGGCAUCAAAGUUCGUCUUCAGCUGUACAGGACAGAGAAGAUGGGCUGGGGAGUCCGAGCUCUGCAGGAUAUUCCCCAGGGAAGCUUCAUCUGCGAAUAUGUUGGGGAGCUGAUCUCCGAUGCAGAGGCAGAUGUUAGAGAAGAUGACUCCUACCUGUUUGACCUGGACAACAAGGACGGGGAGGUGUAUUGUAUCGACGCCCGCUACUAUGGAAACAUCAGCCGCUUUAUCAACCACCUGUGUGACCCAAACCUCAUCCCAGUGCGUGUGUUCAUGCUGCACCAGGACUUGAGGUUCCCCCGCAUCGCCUUCUUCAGCUCCAGGGACAUCCUCAGCGGGCAAGAGCUAGGGUUCGACUAUGGAGACCGCUUUUGGGACAUUAAGAGCAAGUAUUUCACCUGUCAGUGUGGAUCAGAGAAAUGCAAACACUCAGCUGAGGCCAUCGCCUUGGAGCAGAACAGACUGGCUCGACUGGAAGCUUGUCCAGAAUCGGGAGCUGACUGUGGGAUGACCAUGCUGGGAAACUCUUAAAAACAUUUACCCACGGGGGCCUUUGGAUUAACCACAUCCAUUUCACAUGUACUCGCAGUGGAAAUACACCUUGAGGGUUUCAUCAUGUUAAAAAUUCUGUUCUGUGUUUGAUGCAUGGUGCUGUUUUUUUUUCUACUUGAAAUGUCCCUUUUUCUUUUCAUACUUGCCACCUCUUUUAAAGUUGAUCAUUUUGGAUAUGGGCCUUAACAUGUUUUAAACUGUGGGUAUUUUGAAGGAAACAGGUGAUGAUCCUGUACAUACAGUAUGUUUACUGUAUAUUUUAAGAUCUCCUUUUGCCCUGACACAUGAAGUCUGUGCAUUAGGAGUCUGCCAUAAUGCAACUGUCAUAAAUAUAUAUUUUCUGUCGUGCCAACAACCGCAAUGCAUUUUUACACAGUACAGUAAUGGGGUCAACAGUUAGCCCAUACUGGACUCAAUAAGGACCUGAGGGAUAGCGUUGUUUUUGGAUGAUGGCGUUAGCUUUAUUUUCUUUAUUUUUGUACGUAUUGUUCUUUCUUUAUCACAUUUAGUGUAAUAAAUUAGCUCAUGAGUUGA